AUGGCAUUUGCUCUCCGCGCAUUGCUUCUCGUUUGUGGGAUCAGUGUACUGUUUUCUGGAGUCUGGGCUGAUGGCUUCGUUAGAGUUCCUUGCUGUCCUAAGGGCUGGCAUCGGUUGGAUGAUCGUUGUUUCAGGGUUGUAAACAAAACAAAAAGUUUUUCUGAAGCUGAGGACUACUGCGUAGCCCUUGAAGGGAAUUUGGCCUCGGUUCGAAACAACAUUGAAGAUGAAGUAGUUCGUGCCCUGAUCGCUAAGGAUGUUGGAGCGUCAGCAACUGCUUGGAUUGGAUACAAUGAUUUAGAUAUGGAAGGAGUCUUUGUCUGGACUGAUACGGCAUCAGAAGUUUUUGAUGAAUUUGACGGUGCAGAUCCUUCCACGGAUGAUGAGGAUUGUGUCCUGAUAGCUGCGGAUAAUGGUGUGUUUUCAAUCUCUUUUGACUUCUAUCAGGAAGAGGCAAAGGUUUUCUGGGAGGACGCGCCAUGCGGUGAUGAAGCUGCAUUCGUCUGCUCCCAAAGUGUGUCCUGA